ACGAGCUAACAGUGUUGCCUGGACUCUUCUGCCUCUCGCUCCCACAACUCUUCUCAGUGUACUACACAUCCACACACACCAACUACAACUUCCCAGUGAAGAAAGGGCACGCUGCAGAACACGUUCUGUAGAUAUUUAGCAGUCAUUGGCUACGGUGAACGUAUAAAUAAUGAUUUGACAAUGCUCUACACAGAGUGAACCACCGUCCCAAUUAAGUGUUCUUCAACACGUGUCUUCUUUUCGCUACUGUCGGCAGUACUUCAUUUGGAUACUACAACUCUCCACCUAAACCAGCCUCCCUGCUACCUGGAUGCAGCUUAACUCCUGCUUUAACUUACGCCAAAACAUCUUUGUUUACAUACUGUAAACGCGACACUGAAGUAAGACUUGUGAAAACGCUGAGGAAGUAGCAGCAGUAACAAAGGUUAAGGAUUAAAGUUGUGAGUGCCAAGUGGGUGCCCCUUAGUACCAACAUGUCAGGAGUGCCAGCGCUCUACCACCAUCCCCCCGCUGCCCUCAAUAAAACAGUUGCCAUGAAGACAGCUGACACCAGACCCUUCGAACAGAGCCUAUCUCUAGUGCCGCCUACUUUGAGCAGGUCGUAUCCUACAGAGAGCAGAGUUCUGGACGCCGUGAGAUUUCCCAAUAUAUUCACGUCUGCCACCUCCACCAUGAAGACCAGAUAUACCCCGGCUGACUGGUCACAGAGUAAUUUGGACCACUACAGCGAUGCUGAUGGUACCAGAGGCAUCUCAGAGAGGGUCAGAGACGAUGCUGUCCGGCUCGUGGGGUACACCUAUGAUCGUACUAACAUAGCCCAGCGGGAGAGUUCCCAGCGGCUGGGGGAGCGGGUGAGUGAUAUCACUUUCUGGAGGAGUGAGCUGAUGCAGGAGCUGGACCGCAUGUUGGCUGAGACCAACCGUCUUAACGACUCCAGAAGAGCACUAGAACAUGCACACAGAGACACAGAGAACCCACUUCAUGUCACCAAGGAGUGUCUUUAUUUCAGAGAGAAUCGCCAAGGAAUUGACCUGGUGAGGGACCAGCCUGAGGAGGCUAUGUUGAGGGAAGUGGACACCAUCAAGGACUGCCAGACCCGUAUGAAGAACCUCCUUGACCGUGUCAACCUUCAGCUGAGUCGGAACAGGGCAGCCCGCCAGGACCUCGAGCAUGAUACCAUGAACAAGAACCAUGCUCUUACCAUUGACCACACACAACACUCCCUCCAUAAUUACUCUGCCGCCAUCACUUACUACCCAGGCAUCGAGAGAGUUGACAAUACGGUGAGUGUGCCAGAGACAUGGGCAGAACUGAGCAACAGAAACAUCCAACAGAGUCAGAGUGAGAGGAGCAGCUCACAGCGGUUGCGGCAGGAGGUAGAUUCUCUCAUCGCUGCCACCCACCAGGAUAUGUGGAUGGCCUGGUCCUCGUCCAACACUUGUCUCACACACCGUGCAGGAGAGACUGGCGACACUAGGAACAAACUCCUAGCUCACAGGGACAGGGUUCAACGGGAAAUGAAUGAUUUGGAACGCCAUAUUGAUAUGCUGAGGAAGGCCAUUUUAGACAAGUCAGCCCCCCUGAAGGUAGUUCAGACGAGGCUGGAAGGACGAACCCACCGCCCAGAGACAGAACUUUGCAGAGAUCCUCCACAGCACAGAAUGGUAAGAGAGGUGCAGGAGCUGAGUGAGAGUGUGGAGUCACUACGUCACAAGCUGUCAGAGGCUGAGAACUCGCUACACCGUCUGGCCCAGAUCAGGGCCCGUCUCGACCAUGACCUCGGGGUCAAAACCAAUUCCCUUUACAUCGACAGGGACAAGUGCCUUGCCAUCAGAAAGAGCUUCCCUCUCUCCCAACCACAUUUAGUUGAUUUUACUCUUUACUAGGUUCACAAACAUGCUUUCCAGUACAUCCAUGCACUUUGACACACUCCAGUCCAAGUUAUGAUACAACAACAAAUAGCAUAAAAACAAAAUGGAUGAAUUUAAAAAUCCUUUGGCAGAGUUUCUCAUGACAAAUUAAGUUGCAAGCUACAAUAUACAGUAUAGGAGAAAUAAAGUGUGAAUUAUUGCCAGGAGAUAUUUUUUAUAGAAAAGAAUAACGAAAAAGAGGAAAAAGUCCUUGUGGAAAUCUUUUACUGAAGGGGUCCACAAGUAGUAAUUUUUGCCCCAGUGAUUUUUUAAUUUAUAUUCAGUAAAUGACUUGCCAGAGGAUUUAUAUAUAAAUAGGUUUGUAGAUGAAAAAAUGAAAUAUAAAAUAGGAAAUCAGAAUGACUUAAAAUUAUGCUGGAAUAAUUAGACAAAUUGAGGAAGUGAAAUAAUAAAUAAAUGAUGGAAUUUAAUGUUAAGUGCCAUGGAAUGGUUGGAUUAAAUGUUAAUGUCAUCUGACAGAAAAAGAUCUUGGAGUGAUUAUGAAAAAUAAUUAUCAAUGAAGUCCAUAUAAGUGCAGUAGUGAGGAACUCACAUGCUUUAUCAAUAUACACCUUAAUAUAACAUUCAAAAGUAUGGAUGAUGAAAUGCUGAAAAACAGUUUAUAGUGUGUUAGACAAUGUUGGAAACUGAAAUUGUGGUAUUAUGUCUGUGCCUCAGAAAUCAUAUAAUUAAAACAGAAAAGAUGUGUAAAUAAUAUUAAACUUUUAAUAAAUCAGACCAAUAAAGUAAUAACUAGCAAAGUAAAAUCAAAGGCCACCACUGUGAAAGCAAUUAUCUGGCAUUGGAAAAGAUAUAAAUCAUAGCAGUGCAACACUUUGUAUGCUAUACUUGAAUUUGUGUGAAAAUAGUAUCCAUGAAACUUACAGCAAAAUUCAAAGCUGAUAUAACUGGAGCAGAAUACAAAACCCAAUCAAGCCACUCAAUACAGUGGAAGCAGAAUGUAAGGGAUCUAGAAGCAAUCAUUUUGAGAGAUCUUAUAUUCAAGGGACUCAAUAAUGCAGCCCAUCCUAAUCAAAGUCAGUCCUGUAUUUCACUGUAAUUAAGACAGUAAAAUGGGUGACUGUUACAUGAAUCUUAAACCAUGAUUAUCUGACUGUACUAUAAAAUGUGCUCGGUUGGUUGCUGUUUUCUCUUUGUGCUUCAAAAUAUUUUAUCAUCUCUAUUUGUUGUUUCAUUUACUGGCACUGUGGUAUGCUAUACAUAUAAUUAAUUAAUUUUUAUCAAUGGAUGGCAAUCUAACAUAAACUGACUUUUAAUUUAUGAGGACAAGUUACAGUAAUGUUACCAUCACUAGGGCUAAGAAAUUAAUAAGCCGAAUAACAAGAAUCUUCAAAACAAGUGAUGCUAAGCUAAUAAUGAUACAUGUUAUAUACUGUACUUUAAAACUUCUACACUCUAAACUGGAAUACUUCUGUAUAGUACAUUAAAAAACCACUUAAGGGAGGAAAAUUUCAGAUCUGAAAAAUCUGCAGAUAAAUUCAUCUGCCCAUAUUCAUUUAUUCCAUCACCUAAAUUACUGGGAACAUUUAAAAUCCCUCAAAUUGUACUCUUUGAAGUGUAGGUAAGAAAAAUGUAUGGUAAUCUACACUUGAAAAGUACUGAAGGGUAUGGUUUCAAAUCAGCACAAAACAGUUAAUUAUUAUGAAAGCAA